AUGUCCACUACUGAAACUCCCGAAUUGAAGAGAAAGAGGUCAACAUCACCAAAUACCCACCAACAACACAAACCAAUUAAUCUCAACAAUGAACUAUCCACUCUAGGUUUGAAUAGACCUACUGGUAGAUACAUUCCACGUCCAGUGCUCAAAGCCAUGCUUGAACAACAAUCCUUAGAUUCAUCCUCUGCAGAUACUCAAAGAUUGAAAUGGGAUCAACUUCGAAAAUCUAUAAAUGGUCUCAUAAACAAAGUAAACACUGGAAAUAUUAAACUUAUCUCUCCUCAAUUGUUUCAAGAGAAUCUAAUUAGAGGUCGUGGCUUAUUCGCUAGAUCUGUUAUUAGAGCCCAGUCUUCUUCUCUCCCUUUUACUCCUAUUUUCGCUGCUUUAGUUGCCAUCAUAAACUCUAAACUUCCUCAACUAGGCGAACUCUUAGUUCAACGUUUAAUCAAUCAAUUUAGAAAAUCUUAUAGACGUAAUGAUAAACUUACGUGCAACGCGACCGUCAUUUUCAUUGCACACCUCGUUAAUCAGUCCGUUAUAUCCGACGUGUUUGCUUUAGAAUUAGCCCUUUUCCUUCUCUCUAAAGGUGGCGACGAUGGCGUUGAAAUUGCUGUUCAAUAUAUUCGUGAAGUUGGCGCUGCUUUACAAGAACGCGAACCUGCUAUGAAUAAUCUCAUCUACGAAGAACUCAGAAACCUUCUCCAUGACGCUAACAUUUCAAAACGCGUUCAAUAUAUGAUUGAAGUUCUCUUUCAAAUUCGCAAAGAUAAAUUCAAAGACAACGUCAUCAUCCCUCAAGACCUCGAUCUCGUUGAAGAGGAUGAACAGAUUGUUCACGAUAUUGAUUUCAAUGCCCCGAUCAACACUCAAGAUGGUCUCAACAUCUUCAAAUUUGACCCCAAUUAUGAAGAAAAUGAGGAAAAAUACGCCUCCAUCCGUCACCAGAUCUUAGGUUCAUCAGAUGAAGAAGAAGAAGAAGAGGAGGAGGAAGAGGGUGAAGAAGAGAAUGAUGCAGUUCAACCUCCAAACCAAGAUGGUAUUGUUGACCAUACAGGCACCAAUCUUGUUAACCUCCGCCGUACCAUCUACCUAACGAUAAUGAAUUCACUAGUAUUUGAUGAAGCUGUUCACAAACUAAUGCGCAUUCAAAUACCACCUGGAGAUGAAAUUGAGUUAUGCAACAUGAUAGUUGAGUGCUGCUCCCAAGAACGCACAUAUAACAAAUUCUACGGUCUUAUAGGCGAGCGUUUCUCUAAAAUCAAUCGAAUGUGGCAGGAAUGUUUCCAAAAAUCUUUCACAGGUUUUUACGACACAAUCCACCGCUACGAAACUAACCGACUGCGCAACAUAGCUCGUUUCUUCGGUCACCUAUUUGCAUCUGACGGUGUAAAUUGGGGUUGUAUGAAUGUAAUCAAGAUAACCCAACAGGACACCACAUCGAGCAGCAGAAUAUUCGUCAAAAUUCUUUUCAAUGAGAUUGUCGAAAUGAUGGGUUUAAGUGACGCACGUAAACGAUUUGCCGACCCUGCUUUCAGACAAGACUUUAGCGGUCUCUUCCCAACUGACCACCCUGCCAAUACACGCUUUGCCAUCAAUUACUUUACGGCUAUUGGACUGGGUGCGAUAACAGAGGAGAUGCGCGAGUAUCUUAAACAUGCUCCCAAGAAUAUACCACCACCUCAAACGCAUGAUGAUGGAAGCGGCAGUGAUAGUGAUUCGAGCAGCGUUUUGAGUUCCAGUUCGUCGGAUGUAUCGUCAGUGUCUGCUGGAGAGAGGGAUAGAUAUAGACCAAGAUCGAGAUCGAGAUCUAGAUCGCUGAGCAGAUCCCCAAGACGCCCACGCUCAUACUCACGCUCACCAUCACGCUCCCCUCCCAGGAGAUACACUAGGUCCGUCUCGUCCUCCCCGCCUAGGAGGAGAUACGGCGGUGGGCGCACCAGUCGCUCGCCUUCACCGCGUAGACGCUACGAUAACCGCCAUGAAUCGAUGUCUCCUCCACCUUCACCGAGAAGACGUCCAUAUGCGGGCAGAGGUGGUUACGAAUUGUCGAGGUCACCUCCGAGAAGAAGAUACGACGAUUCUCCAGCAGGCAGGAGGAAUGACUCUCCACCACGUAGAAGAUAUGAUUCUCCACCACGUAGAAGAUAUGAUUCGCCUCCACGUAGAAGAUAUGACUCACCUCCACGCAGAUGGAGAGGGUGA